UGUUUUUUUAAUUAUUUCAUAAAAGAUUUUUCUUAACUCUAUGACUUCAUUUAUUAAAGUGAGAUGUUAUUGUACUGCUGUCGAUACAUUAUUAAACUUUAUUUAUCUAUCGUAGUGGUCAUGCCUUAAAAGCUAUACCGUGCCUGAACUGUCCGGCCGCCUGAGCGGACGCGGGGAUAGACUAUUAUUCCUAUAAUCAAAUCCCUUCUCUUCAUAUCCAUGCAGAGAAAUGCUUUGACAAAGCUCUCACACGAAUUAGUCGCAUUAAAAACUACUACGGUCGCGCAAAUCCGAUGCAACAAGUAAGCCCCCGGGGGCGCGGCGGGGCAGGGCCGGGGAGAGGCGGGGCGCGCCUGAAAACUGAAACGUUCAGUAUCGUCGCGACUAUGGCUACGGACGGACGCACGAAGCGCUCGCAGUCGAUAUGCGCUCCCGCCUCCGCGAGUAUGGAAGCGCUGGCCGCGCCGAUGGAGACGACGCCGGCGCCGCGGCGCAGGCCGGCCGCACGGUCGCAGUCGGCGCGCAUCACCGGCGGCCGCAGCGUACGCCACCGCCGCCAGCAACAACAGCAGCAGCAGCUGGACCGUGAGACCCGCGCACGCUACAGCUCCGAACCUCGGCUAGCGGAUGCCGAGACCCCGCCGCAGGUGCGCCGGCAGGCGUCCGCUCGCCGCCGCCCGCCACCCGCUCAGCACGCCGCGCACGCCCAGCCUCGCCGCUCCAACGCUUUCUUGGACGUGCCGCGCGCCGCGCACCCGCCCGACGAUGAGCCCGACGAGGACUCUUACCGACUCCGCACAUUUAACACCACGCAAAAAGGAGGUAUAGUGAACAGAGGUGAUUCGUUCCGUCGCCGCCGCUCCCGCUCUGGCAGCCUAAGAUUUUACAAAUAUCUGUAUCUUUCAGAUGUCGACAGCUCCGAGCAAAAGGUGUCCAUUCUACUAAAUGGUGAAGAAUCAGAAUUAUACUUCGUUAAUUGUACUAGUGCAAAGGAAGAAAUAGAUCGUUUCGAGCCUCCUGAUGCAUUCGUGGUGAUAUACUCUGUGGUGGACAAGGCAUCCUUCCAGAAGGCAGAACAGGAGCUGGCGAGGAUGUUGGACUGCGAUAUGCUGCGCUCCAGGCCGGCACUCCUCGUCGCCAACAAGAUAGACCUGGCCAGGAGUAGAGCUGUCUCCACACAAGAUGGCAAAUGUCUCGCUUGCACGUACAAAGCAAAGUUCAUAGAAGUGUCUGUUGGUAUAAAUCAUAAUGUAGAUGAGUUACUAGUUGGUAUUCUGAACCAGAUAAGGCUUAAGAAACAGCAGUAUUCUGCUGAAGGUGGAAGGGAGUCUUCACCAGCUCAUUGGUAUAAAUCUAGAGGAGUUGUCAGGGCUAGUAUGAAAGCAAGACAAAUGCUGACUUGGAUCUUCGGUAAGGAGGAUUCUAAAUUCAAGAAUUGUGAGAACUUGCACGUCCUGUGAGUGGAAAGUGAAGGGCCGGUGUUCGUGUAAUAAGUGACUAAGUGAACGCGGCCGAGUUAGUUAUAGUGUGCGAGUUAUUUUAUUGAGACCAAUUGGAUCUUAGAGUUAACGACAAGCGCCUCGAUUGAAGUCAACGCGAUUGAAGAUUGUGAGAAUAACAUUGGCGGUAUCUUUUCAAUACAUAUCGAUUUAUGAACUUAUCCAUUUUCAAAUUCCCAUCAUAUAAGCAAAGGUAUAUCGCUAGUGUUAAACUCAAAAUACUUUUGACACAUUUCGCUAAAUUUUAAAUAAUAUUCAAUCGUACUUAACGGAGUUAUUGUGGCGCUUGUCAAAGUUACAGCGCCAAAGAUGCAAUCUUUGUAUUUUAUUUUAGGUUAUGUGCCAAGUUUGAGAUUUAAAAUACGUAUUCUUUAGGUAUUAAGUAUAUAGUAAUUUCAUUAAUAUAUCGAAAGUACG